AUGGCAGCACCAUCGGCUCGGCUCUCGGAUACGGGGCAGCGUGCACUGUGGACCGGAGGAGGAGAGGAAGGCGGGGGCUACGAUUCGAAGCGAUUCCGGUCUUCAGCCGGCCUUCUCCACAUCGCCUGGGCGGCUGAAGAUGAGGAAAACGAGGUGGACAUGGCCAACGCUCCAGGCAUGGAAGAAUCCUCGCCUCCUGGCCAUCAACCCACAACAAGCGCCGAGAGGGCAAUGACCGAUGAGGAUACCGACACGACAACUGCUGGAUCAUCAUCGGCAGAAGCUGACGACGGGCAGGAAGAGGGGAAGGCCGGAAAGACAGCCGGAACGAAGCUUUGCCGCGAUAGGCACGAUUUGUGCAAGUUCUGGGCGUCGAUCAACGAGUGCAAGAACAACGACGAGUGGAUGGGCGAGAACUGUCCGUUGUCCUGUGAUAAAUGCAAGGGAACGUCGGUGUGCAUCGACAAACAUCGUCUGUGCCAAUUCUGGGCCGGGAUCAACGAGUGCGAGACGAAUGCCGUGUGGAUGUUGUCCAACUGCCCGUCGGCUUGUAAAGCGUGUAAGGGUGAUACCAUCGAUGGGCGAAGCGCGGGCACACACGAGUUUACCGAAGAUGAAUGCACUUUUGUGACGACCCAUGAAGAUACCUCGAUGCGACGUACAAUCUCCAUCAACGAUGUGCGCCAAUCGAACGCCAAUUUUGGCUGUGCCCCCACCUUGAAGGCGGGCAGCUGCCGCAGGAACCUUUGCUACCAUCUCAAAUACCGUUCAUUCGAUGGAACUUGCAACAACAUUGACCGUCCGCUAAUGGGCUCCGCUUUUUCGGCACUGAUGCGUCUCAAGCAGCCGGCCUACGAUAACGGAAUCUCGGCUCCAGUCUCUUCGUUCACCCGGACUCGACCAUCGGCUCGUGAGGCUUCACGACUUUUGUUAGCGUCACCAUCGCAGCUGACACACCGCUCGAACGCCUUGCUGAUGCAGUGGGGUCAGUUUAUCGCCCACGAUGUCUCGAAAACCACCAUGCUCAACAACCAAGAAUGCGCGCAAUGCACGCCAGCCGGCGGGAAAUGCUUUUCCGUGUUCCUCGCCCGGAAUGAUCCGACCUUCGGUCGUUUCCUCUGCCUUCCGGUUGCCCGUUCUACUCCCGUUUGUGGAAGUGGGCAAGAUUCGCCGCGCGAGCAGUACAACGAGAAUACCGCCUUCAUCGAUGGCUCUAUGAUCUAUGGUUCAUCGGAUCGUGAUCAGUUCCUCUUCCGCCAGGGCGCUUUUCUCAAGACCCGAGUCGUCCGUUCUCGCGUCUUCCCCCCGAUCGACACGAACAUGAACGUUGUUGCUGGAGAUGACCGGGCGAAUAUCUUUGUCGGACUCGCCGCCCUUCACACCAUAUUUGUUCGUCAACACAACAAAAUUGCCCAAACGCUCCAGAAAGUGAAUAGCCACUGGGACCAGGAGCGCGUUUUCCACGAGACUCGCAAAGUGUUGGGCGCUAUUUUGCAGCGGAUUACUUACAAGGAGUAUCUACCGCGCGUUCUUGGUGACGAAUUCGAGCGCUGGAUCGGACGGUACGAGGGUUACAACGAAGAUGUCGACUCGGCCGUCGCCAACGAGUUCACCUCGUGCGCCUUCCGGUUCGGGCAUGGCAUGAUUCAGGAAUUCUACCCAUUCCUCGACGAGCGUUUCCGUCAAAUCGGUGGCAUCCCGUUCACCGAGGGAAUGUUCAAGAGUACCCACAUCAUCAAUAAUGGCGUUGACCCGUUGUUGAGAGGAUUCCUAACACUAUCCGCGAAAAUGCCGCAAAGAUUGGCCCUCGGCGUCACGGAGCGCAUCUUCGGCAACUCGGAUCUGGGCUCGAUCAACAUCCAACGCGGCCGUGAUCACGGUGUUCCCCCAUUCACGGCUUGGCGCAAAUUCUGUGCUCUCAACGAGAUCCGGGACUUUGACGACCUCAAGAUGACCAUCAAGAACCCGGUGUUGGUCGACAAUUUGAAGUUGCUGUACAAGCAUGUUGACAACAUCGACAUGUACGUUGGCUCGCUGCUAGAAGACCCGGUACCUGGCGGUCUCGUCGGCCCGACCCUGUCCUGCAUCAUUGGCGAGCAGUUCAAGCGAAGCAGAGAUGGAGAUAGAUUCUACUUUGAAAACCCGAAGAUAUUCACUGGGGACCAGUUGCGGCAGAUUCAGAAGGUGACGAUAGCACGUGUACUGUGUAAUGCCGGGGAUCACUGGACCGAGGUCCCACGAAAAGCCUUCGACACGUUCAAGCCAAACGACGAUGAGCUGUUGAGAUGCGACGAAGUACCCGACAUUGACUUCAACGUGUGGCGAGAGGAGCUC